UAAAAUGUUACUUCUUAAUUUUGUACCCUGCAUAAUCAUCCUUUUAAAUACAUGUAUUGCUCUUGCUACAAAGUGUACACCUUUUCAAUACAACACGGGCAAUUUUGAGAGUAAUGUCGAAAACUUAAAGACAUUGCUUGAACCUUUCACAUCCAGCUGGCCUAUUUACAACAAUACUACUGUACCGUCCAGUGGGAAACUUAUUGAACAGUUCCAAAAAGGUAAGGCUGAUCCUGAUGUUCAUUUAAACUUCACCCAACUUGUAACGAAAUACGGAUACCCAGUGGAGCAACAUCAAGUAAUAACAGAAGAUCAAUACUGUCUUACCUUGUUUCGAAUUCCGCGGCCGAAUGCACCUGUAGUUUUUCUAAUGCAUGGAGUGUUAUGCAGCUCUGAUGACUGGAUCACUAUUGGACAAGAAAAAGGUCUCGCGUACACUCUAUACGAUGCUGGCUAUGAUGUGUGGUUGGGUAAUGCUCGAGGCAAUAAACACUCCAGAUGUAAUUUACACCUUUCUCCUGACUGUGCCGAGUUCUGGAAAUUCAGUUUUGAAGAAAUUGGCCUCUAUGACAUACCCGCUAUGAUCGAUUACGCUUUAGAAAAUACAGGAAAAAGUAAGCUGCUCUAUGUAGGUCAUUCUCAAGGUACGACAUCGUUUUAUGUCAUGACUUCAAUGAGACCUGAGUAUAAUGAUAAAAUAGCUUUUAUGGUAUGCCUCUCAGCAGUUGUUUUCAUGUCUCACGUAAGAAGUCCCCUCAUUCAACUGAUAUCUCCAUUCGAGAAUGACGUCGAAGCUCUAGCCGAGCUCGUCGGAGGGUAUGAAGUUGCCCCGAGAGAUGCAUUUAUUGAUGCACUUACUUCAACAUUCUGUGGUUCACCUGAACUAGCAGAAUUAUUUUGUGAAUCUAUAAUAUAUGUGUUAUCAGGAUUCAACUAUCCUCAGCUUAAUGCGUCUGUGCUACCAGUGAUAUACAGCCAUUACCCUGCGGGGUCAUCUAUAUAUCAACUUGUUCAUUAUGCGCAAGAAACGAACUCUGGAAAAUUUGGUCGAUUUGACUAUGGUGUUACAGGGAAUCUAGCUAAAUAUAAUGCGAUAGUUCCCCCAAAUUAUCCUCUAGAUAAGGUAAGGUGUCCAAUGGCUAUAUUUUAUAGCAAUAAUGACUGGUUGACGAGUGCUCCUGAUAUAGUUACUUUUUUGAAACAAUUACCAAAUGUAAUUGAAUUUUACCACGUUCCAUGUGCAUCAUUUAUGCACUUCGAUUAUAUUUUUGGCAAAGACAGCGAUGUAUUGGUUAACAAGGAAAUUUUAUCAUUAUUAGCAAAAUAUAAAAAUGAUUCAUAAAUGUACGAAAAUACGUUUCAAUUUAUUAUCGCAAUGAAACUAAAUAUUUCGUAUCUAUAAGAAUGUUGUUAGUUUUACUUUUACAUCUGUAUUUAAGUAAUGUUACAAUGUUAACCAUUAUAAAGAUAGCUUAGGUACCUUAGAACUUAAUAAACAGUUGAACAUAUAAUGAAAGAAGAAAAUUUUAAAUUAUUUUGACCGUAUUAUUUACUUAGGCUGUAUAUAGACAGACAAGGGCUUGCAAAAUAUAUGUUACAAAUGGAUGACAAACCAGUAGACUUUAGUUCCAACUGGAAAAAACUAGUUUUAUCCCACAAUGGCCGGAAUAAUCUGAGUUUCUAGUGGCAUAGAACAAAAGCCGGCGCUUAUUGUGGUGCUUUGUAUUUUUAGAAUUCUUUUGUCUAUGAUGUAGGCACAUAAUAGUUAAUACGGCUCAUGUUUUCUCUUGUAUAAAAAGAAACAGAUAUGUCCAGGAAAUGUUAUGAUAUCCACAAGAAAGGGAAAGAGGAAAGGGCAAGGUGAACACGACCGUACCCAGAUCAAAUCGAAGACAUUCUAGUGGAAGGUUAGGUCAAAAUUAACAUGAACCGCCGAGUUGACAUGAAGAGAGUUAUGAAUGAGGAUGACGCUAAUGCAAUGUGCGAUGUAUGCAGGUCGCGUGGCAAGUGGAAAGAUGGAAUCUCUGCCUACCUCUCAGGAAAAAGAGAUGUAACACAUAUUAACGAAAGUCAACAUUCUAGACCACUAGGUUAUUAACGUCACCGUGCUGCCAUAGUAGGUCUGUACUUCCAUUAUAAGCUUUCAAUUUACGCAGAUACUGCAUGAGCCGAAAAUCAAAGCUGCAGUUGAUUAGAGCUUUGAUGGGAUGCUUGUGACCUGUGCUUGACGGCACGAUUAUAUACUGGGUAAAGGAUAAUAGUUUCUGAACAUAAAUUGGAUGUAAAAUCAAUUAAUUUUAUAGUACGUAGAUAUUUACACGUUGGAAAUUAAUAACUCAAUUACAUAAAGUAAAACUACAAUUAAUAAACAGAUUCGUACACAUGUUUAAUCAUUAUGCCUUAUGGAGUAGAUAAAGCCCAAUAAUCACAAAACCCACAGAGAUUGACAGUGACAGCUACGAAGCUCAUCCCCUUAAAGAAGGAUUCCAACAACAACAAAAACUUUGCAACAACCUGGACCUUCUCCUUUGAUUUACUUCAGAGCUCACUAAGUUAAGUAACUUGCUAUCCGCAGGCGUCUACUUGCUGGUUCUUGUGCCUUUAGAUUAUGCCACGCUCUCUUUAAAAUUGUAAAACUAGUCCAAUAAAGA